CACGACACAAGAAUAUUUGAUUUUGUAGAUUUUUGCCCGAUUUCUCUUAUUUGUUGACCCGAGUGUAAAAUAUCUACAUGCCAGACUUGUAGGGAAUAGAUAAAAGGAUAUGUCCGCUUGUUCUAGAUGCGGCAAACCUGUCUACUUUGCUGAAAGGAAGACUUCUCUUGGCAAGCAUUGGCACAGGCAGUGUUUGAGGUGUGAUGAGUGUGGCAAGGUCCUCAACCCAGGACAACAUGCUGAGCACAAGGGUCUUCCAUUUUGUCACCACCCAUGUUACAGCGCCCUCUUUGGUCCAAGAAUAUCAGGAUUCGGUGUCCCGAUUGUAGCGUACACCAACUAUGGUAACCGUGAUGUCAGGACGAAUGGGUCGUAUCGCAUGGCAGGGGUUGAUAGCAUUCUCAGCAAACAUCGCAAGGAGGAGAUCCUGAACAAGCUACGGGCCUACAAUGAGCACUAUGAAGGAAAGAAUGGUCAGUUAGCGUGCAAAGAGGUCAACAAUCGGUUGAUCUUAGAAGGCUUAUUACGGUUACGAUGGGGCGUUACCAAGGAGAUUCACCUGAAGCCAAAAGACGACAUUCCGGCCAAGCUCUCUCCGCGCCGAAGCAGGAAGAGUUAUAUGUUAGCGAUAGAUAAUGGUCUGGAUGAGAUAUUCGACAAUAAUGGUCACGGUGAUGCUGGGGACGAGGAUGAUAUGGAUGACGCCAUGCAACAACUACUGAAGUUUAGCCGCCAGCACCAGAGGCGGGGCAGUAUGGAGGAUGUCAGUCCAACCAAGGAAUCAAAAAACGAAAUCAAACGAUUUAACACAGUUUGUUACCGUGGUGACCGAGGAAACAGGAAUAAACGAAAGAGAUUUUCCAUAAAUGGUCACUUUUAUGAUCACGAGACAAGCGUGUUCACUCCGACCCACGGCACUGUGACGAGUGUUCGUGUCUCAAGCACCACAACAACACCAGAGGUCAUUCAAGUUAUGCUCGACAAAUUCAAGGUUGAAGAUGAUCCUGAAGACUUUACUUUAUUCAUUAUGAAAACAGACGGGGGCAUCAUUCCACUGUUAGACACAGAUUAUCCACUGUUUGAGAGAUUAUUACUGGGACCAGAGGAGGAUGAGGCCAAGAUAUAUAUCAUGGAGAAAUCAGCUUUUAGUCAUGUGCCACAAGAGGUUUCACAGUACGUCACAUUACCCGAGGCAGUCCUUCACGGAUUCUUGGACAAGUUCACCGGGGAAGAGGAAAAGGAGGUCCAAAAACUCAAACAGAAGUAUGCAACGAUACGAGAAGCUUUAGGACGGCGGUUAUCAGAAAUCCAAACAAAGGUAUGAUGUCACAUGGAUGAAAAAAAUGCGCAAUUUUCUGUGCAGAACAUGUGAGGAUAUGGUGACGGAAUGUGUGCCAAAAGUGGCAAACUUUCACUUGGAUGAAGCUGAGGUUCUGUUUGAAAUGUGAUGGGAUCAAGAUGGUUUCUGCUAUUUUCCCGUGAACAGUGCAAUGGAUGUAAAGUGUUAUACAAGGAAGACCUUGGCUUCGUACAUAGAUAUUGAAAUAUAAAUAUGACAUUGGGAGGUCAUCUGCUUAGUGUGUGUAAACUUUUGAGCCCAGUUGUGGGCCGUCGGGGAUGAGGUCAUCUGCUUAGUGUGUGUAAACUUUUGAGCCCAGUUGUGGGCCGUUGGGGAUUUUGAUCUUCAAACUUGGAAGAUCUACUCUCACUUCAUUCAUGUUGUUCGCAGCCCAGUUAAUAAAAUCUUACAUUGUUACUUUGCUGAUUUUUGACACCCAGUAACUGCUGAAGAUUUUACAAGGUUGAAAAUAUCUUUUGGAAUCAUUUAACUUCUUGUCUUGUGGGCAGGUGGUUUAUAUAUGAAAACAUGAAAUGUUUGUUCUCGAUCUCAGAAUGUUCUUGUCAAAUUUCAAUGAUAAAACUGAUCAAGUUUGGCUUCACUGUUUGUCAGCCUGUCUGGGUUAAUGUAAAUUUUAAAAAUGUCAGUUGAUCUCAAGGUUUUCAAAUGAAGUAUAGUUUAGCUGGUUUAUUUCAUAUUUUCCUUUAGAUAGUUUCAAUCAAUUUUCCUGAGUUUUUGAGAGAAAAUGCUGUGGUUUGUUUUGGAUCUUUAAUCUCCAAUUCAGUUCUAUCAAGAUCUGUGAUCGUUAAUCAGGGACUUGUUUAGCUUUUAAUUCAAUCUUCACCUACCAGUGGGAGCCAACGUCCGAUUGUGUCGUGUUAUGCCAACAGUCUUCAGAAUUAUUUACUGUUAUGGUUAUGACCCUCCCACAAACUCAGCACCAUCUUUUGGUCUGUUUUAAAGCCCGAGCCAGAACCUUAAAGCACAGCAGUAGUAAUCGCAUCUUGAUGUCUUCAUAAUGAUGUUAAGCUUUGCUCCUGAAUCCCAAUUCAUAGUUUUCAUGCUUCCAACUUUUCAUUAGCUUGGCAUAAGCUUCCACUCUUACUGAAGACACAUCAUAUUGUAUAUAAGUCUUCCAACUUCUGUGGUGUCGUAGUCAACUGGUCUGCUUGUCAAUAGGGCCUGGCCUAUUCAUAGUUUAGGGAUUCUUUAUCUAAGGGAAUGUACCAUGUAAAUUCGUGGAGAGAAAGUUGUCAGGGCUGGGCAUCAGUAGCCAUGCCUCUUCCUAGGCAUAGUGGUUUAAUAGGUGUAAGCCUCUAGACCAGAUGACCAGAUAAUUACGAUACCACGGUAUGGUCGAGUGGCCUUCACUUGCUCAUCAGUUCCUUCCAUUUGCUUCAUCAUUUUGAAUGGAGCUUUUCCUGUUUCCGUCUAUGCAUGAACUUCAUAAGAUCUUAUGUUGCUUGCAAGUUGUAUUCCUAAAUCAGAUACUAAUAAUUGAUACAGUUAAGUUAAGGCAUGGCCAUUGAGCUUGAUUGCAGAAGCCCUGCUUGGAGGCAUAGGAUAGGGUUUGCCGAGAACAUUUGGCAGUGAUGCCCUUUUUUCUUGGAAUUAGUCAGAGAUUCUGCAAUUGUGCUGCUGUUGGCUUGUGAAGAUGUGUUUCUUUGUGGAUGUAGAGGCUAUGCGAGUUUGUGACACGGCCGUAUUUCAUGUUCAUUUGAGAGAAACAAACUUGUAUGAAACCAAGGUGCGAGAUCUUCAGCCGCCUUUCAGUUCAGUUGACGAGUUGUUUCAUCUUGUUUCAUUUUUGGAACAAAUCAAUUUAUUGGUGUAUAUAUAGUUUGUCCAGGUUGUACAUUUGCAAAUAUUCUAAUUUAUAACCAAAUCUGUAAAUUAUCAUAUCCAAAAUGUUUAUUAAUCAAUAUCAUCAUUUGUAUAUUUCAUUAACAUGUUUAAGAGGCAGGCAAUCAUUACCAUGUAUGUAAAGCACUUGUGAGUCAAAUCCAAUGUGAAUCGAGUGUGAGAGCUAUACAAAUGCUGAAUAAAUUAUCAUCAUGUGUAAGGCUGAAGUGUCGCCUCGAAAUACCGUAACAUGUUCAAAUACUUGUAAUCGUUUCACACUUAUUUCUAAAGGCAGUGUUCAGACAAAUUUCUGGAGAUAGCCAGUCAACUCCUCACCUCUUGAUUAUUGUUAGAUUCUAUCAAUGGCUUUCAUUUUGUAUCAUAUUUUGAUGAAGUUAAUUUGACGAUAAUAAAAUGAAGUGAAAAUCA